AGUCUUGCUACAGAAGAAUAUGCUCUUCACAGCUCUGAAGACUCUUUGACACUGCUAGUAAUGAUUUCUUUCCUUUAAAAGGAUUACAGUUUUAAUAGAAAUCUUAAGAAAAACUACAUUUUACCCAGCAUUUCUCAUGUAAUUCUAAUAGCUGCCUGUCAAUAGGUAAUUGAUAAUUAGUGCCUCAAUAAGGUAGGACAGGAACAAUUAUAAAACUUAUUAAGUGCAAAUGACUGUUAUGCCUAAUGCACUCAUGUAGGCAAACAAAAAAUUUUCAUUUAACUGGAUUUCUUCAGAGCACUUCUUUUGGAAUGCAAGUUUAGUCCUCUUAGCUUGGAAACAAAUUAGCUUUAAAAGUCAUCGUAGGCAAUCUGUUGCGCCUCUGCCCGCGGGAGCUGGCAGAUCGGGUCUCAUGGCUAAGAGUGGUCAAUAGAGUAGUCAAUAGAAUCAAAACAGAGGCGGGGGAGGAAGCCGGGGGCGGGUCAGCUGCAUCGGGAACGGCUGCAGGGCCGCAGCGUUCUGGAGGCUCCAAGCCAUCUUCCUGCCAAGUCUUGGCCCCAUCCCCAACCUCCCCACCCCAUCAGUUGUUGUCUGGGUGGAUUUAAACAGUCAAGUUAAAUCAAGCUGAAUAAUCAUGGCAGACGGUGGAUUUGAUCCCUGUGAAUGUGUUAGCUCUCAUGAACAUGCGAUGAGAAGGCUGAUCAAUCUGUUGAGGCAGUCCCAGUCCUACUGCACAGACGCAGAAUGUCUUCAGGAACUACCAGUACCUUCUGGUGAUAAUGGCAUCAGUAUUACUAUGAUCUUGAUGGCCUGGAUAGUUAUUGUAGUGAUCUUGUUCUUACUGAGACCUCCUAAUCUAAGAGGAUCCAACCUACCUGUAAAGCCAAGGAGACCUCAUAAUGGACAAGAUCCACCAUCCCCUCCUGGGACUAACUUUGUGAUAUGGGAAGUGAAAAUAGUUCAACACCUCGCACGACCAAAUGAAUGA